AUGGAGCUGGAUCCUGCCCUGUCUGCUGUCAAUCAGACUGUGCUAGUCUCUGCCCCUGGACCCUUUGUCCUGCUGGGGGUGCCGGGACUGGAGGCCUUGCAUGCAUGGCUGUCUGUGCCUGUGUGCCUGCUGUACAUGGCAGCUUUGGUAGGGAAUGCCCUUCUACUGGGACUGGUAGCAGUGGACAAAGCACUCCGGGCUCCCAUGUACCAACUGCUGGGGCUUCUGGCAGCUGCUGACUUGAUUCUGGCCACAUCCACAGUGCCCAAAGCCCUGGCUGUGCUCUGGGGUUUGUCAAGUGAGAUCUCCUUUGGGGCCUGUCUAGCUCAGCUCUUUGUUGCCCAUGUGGCCUUCAUUGCUGAAUCCUCAGUGUUGCUGGCCAUGGCUGUGGACCGCUAUGUGGCUAUUUGCCAGCCUCUGCGCUAUGGGGCCUUGCUGACCCAGCGUGUGGUAGGCAUAGUGGGUAUAGCUGCAGUGGCUCGAGGUGCCUGUGUCAUGGUGCCCCCUGUGGUUCUGCUUCAAAGACUGCCUUACUGUGGGCAGCGGGCCCUGCCUCACACCUACUGUGAGCAUAUGGGUGUGGCUCGCCUGGCAUGUGGUGACACACGCCCCAACAUCUGGUAUGGACUGGCCACCACACUGCUCUCCCCGUGCCUGGACCUAGGGCUCAUAGGUGCUUCCUAUGUCCUUAUUCUCCGUGCUGUCUGCUGCCUGCCAUCCCAUGGUGCCCGCUACAAGGCCCUGGGUACCUGUGGGGCACAUGCCAGUGUCAUUGUUCUUUUCUACACACCUGCCCUCUUCUCUUUCCUGGCUCACCGUUUUGGCCACCACACAGUGCCUGGCCACAUCCACAUCCUACUUGCUAAUCUCUACGUGGUGGUUCCCCCAGCCCUUAACCCUGUAGUCUAUGGAGUACGGACCCAGCAGGUUGCUCAGAGGCUUAGGCACUUGCUUCAGCUCUUCUGGGCAGGGGCAGUGAGGAAGGUGGACCCCGAGAGGGUAUCCCCAUAGGAAUGAAGGUGCUCUCUCAGAUGGCCAAACAGUGUAUCCUCAGAUGGCCAAACAGUGCUACAGGACUCAUCUCUGACCAAGGCGUCUCCACCUUCUGCCCCUAGGUGGCUCUUUACUUGUGCCAAUCCCAUUACCCCAUUUUCACCUCCCAGGCACGAGUACACCCGACUAACCUCUUCAGGCUUGGCUCUACCUGCAGUCUACUCCCACUUUUUAUGACUCUAUUCACCUCCAUAGAUAGAUCCCAAAUGUAUAGAAGAAGUCAGGCCUGAACUGUGACAGACAAGGAGACUCAGCCUGUGGUGGAGGAUCUUGCUUUUCUCCAUCAUUCUACCCAAACAGAGCCAGAAUAGUGCGAAGCAAUUCAAGUGGGGCCUUUGUACAGUGUGUGGAACUAAAUGGGAAUUCCAUGCUUGCUGAUGGAAUGAAGAUGAGAGGGGCUGGAGAAAUGGUACAAUCUGAAUAAAAUGGAACACAAAAAACUCACUUGGUUUCUGACCUGAUUGUUAACUAGGGCUCUCUAUAUCUGGGAAGAGAGUAGACACUACUGUGGCUAUCUCCCUAAGCUGUCUCCCAUCUUUGAUCAGAGA